CUGGGACCUGUCCCUGCCUGCCAGGGCACUUGUGCAACCCAAUUUCCUAAGAAGUUAAAGGGCAGCUCACUUGUUGCACCUACUGCCACCCUCAGCCUUGGGGUCUGUGCAUUUCCUACAGCCCAUUGGGAUGAACCCACUCUGCCUCAAACUGUGCAUUUCUAAUAAUCCAUUGGGAUGAACCCACCUGCCUCAAACUGUGCCACCCCAGAGCGUGCUCCCCCAGCAGCCCACAGCCCCUGGGCCAGGUCAGUCCCCAUUAAUGCCCAGGGAGGGCAGUGCCACGAGCCCCACUCCCACCCAGAGCUCAUCCUGCACACAUUUUGCACCUACACGUGCAGAGAGAGUGGCAAUUAGGCAGGAGCUGCUUUCCCUGGCCAGGUGAGCCUGUCCAGACAGACACACCUGUCCCCCAGAGCCACCAGGUGUGCACAGGUACCUGCUGACAGCUGGGAACAGCAUCAGGAGCUCAAAACAGGGAAGGCACUGCCUUGGACAGCAGUGCUGGGGCACUGCAGUGGACUGUGAUGGUCACCAGUGGGGACCAGAGGGCAGGGACAGCCAGGACACACCACACUGGCGGCAGUGCUGAGCGUGACUGAAGCCCAGCCAUCCUCAGGGCUGCCUGCUCUCAGCAGCCAUUAGCACUGACACCGGCACCUACAUUAGCCAAAAUGCCCCAGGUGCUGAUGCACAAACCCCGGACACUGCUGCAGCCCAAGCUCCUUUGGAGCAAUCCCCAGGAAUGGCCUGAGCAGGAGCACUGCCCACAGCGAGCCCGGGGCCAGGCUGCCCCACCAGCAGGCAGCAAUGAGCUCACACAGACAGCUCUGCUCUCAGAGAAAUGCACCCAGUUGCAGCCCAAACCCAACACACACACCAGCAAUGCACGCAGCAGUCCCUGCCCGGGCAGAAGGGGCUGUGAGCUGCACAAGGGGGCAAUCCCUGCCUGCAUGGGCUGAACCCCAGGAACCCCCGGGAGAGGCAGAGCCAGCCCAGGCCCUGUGUCAGGGACACCAGGGGCAGGAGAGGGGGCAGGCACCACUGUCAGGAGGCUCUGAGCAGACCCUUGUAAUGCUUUGGCAAUGACUGGUGCCAUCCAGAAUACGGAAUUCACACACAAACAACACUCAGGAGCUGCGUUAGAGGGUUAUCCUGGAAAGCUGUCAGGAAAGACUCUGUGUCUGCUCAUCCUCCCAGCCCAGGGGCAGCAGGUCUGUCUGCCCCAUGCACACACAAACCCAGAAAUGUGCCUGUCCUGAGAGGCAGGCUCAGCUUUCCUAUCCCAGCUCAGGAGCAGAUGGUGUGCUUUCUCACACAGAGCAAAGGGAAGAGACAGAAGCAAUAGCAAUGUGACCAACUCAGGCGGCACUGAAAUGAGGAAGGAAACCACACACCAGCAGAAAAACGUCUCAUCUUUCUCCACAUUUCCCCACUCCCAACACUUUGCUCGAGGCUUCUGCUGGCAGAGGAGCAGCGGAUGAGAUGGGGACAGCCACAGAGGGCCCCGUGACAGCUGCUGCAGGCUUGCCCAGUCUGUUCCCAGCCAUGGGAGGCUCUGCAAACACGAGUUCUGUGGGUAACACCAGUGGAGCUCCCUCCUCUGCACCGUGCCAGCGUGACACCACCGUCACCCACCUGCUCUUCCCCGUGCUCUACACCCUCAUCUUCCUCCUGGGGCUCCUGCUGAACAGCCUGGCCUGCUGGGCCUUCUUCCACAUCCCAAGCACAUCAACCUUCAUCAUCUACUUGAAAAACAUCUUGGUUUCUGAUUUCAUCAUGACGCUGAUGCUGCCCCUGAAGAUCCUGACGGACUCCGGCCUGGCGCCGUGGCAGCUCAAGGCCUUUGUCUGCCGCUUCUCAGCCGUGAUAUUCUAUGACACCAUGUACAUCAGCAUCGUGCUGCUGGGGCUCAUUGCUUUCGACAGAUUUCUCAAGAUUGUGAGACCUUUUGGGAAGUUCUGGGUGCAAAACCUGACCUCAGCAAAGAUCCUGGCGUCUCUGGUCUGGCUCUUCUUCCUCGUCCUGUCCCUGCCCAACAUGGUCCUGUCCAACAAGGCAGCGACGCCGCAGUCCGUGAGGAAGUGUGCCUCCUUGAAGAGCCACCUCGGGCUGAAAUGGCACGAGGCUGUCAACUACGUCUGUCAGUUCAUCUUCUGGACUGUCCUCAUCCUCAUGCUGCUAUUUUAUAUAGUCAUUGCCAGAAAGGUAUAUGAGUCCUAUGUAAAAACACAGAAGAAAGGCAACAGAAGCGAAAAGCGGAUCAAGGGGAAAGUAUUCAUCAUUUUUACCGUGUUCUUCGUGUGCUUUGCCCCCUUCCACUUCAGCAGGGUGCCCUACACCGUGAGCCAGACGAGGGCCCACAUGGAGUGCCGGCUGCAGAACCGGCUGUUCGUGGCCAAGGAGAGCACGCUGUGGCUGGCAGCCACCAACGUCUGCAUGGACCCCCUCAUCUACCUGCUCCUCUGCAAGCCCUUCCUGCAGAAGGUCUUCUACAGGAGGGUGAGGGCUCUGCAGGGAGCAGCCCAGGCAAACCCAAAAACAGAGCUGGACACACGAGUAUCUCCCACUGAGUCCUGAUUCUGCAGCUGCACACUCUGCUCUGCAUCCGCAUAGAGAACUUGAAAAACAGUUUGGUUUACUUCUGCUGAAGAGCACAAAAGGGUGUUUGCCAAGCAAUACUAACACUCAAUAAAUGCAGCAAAAUGGAUUUUUUAAGUACACUCACUGCAUAGCCUUAAUGGCCAAAAGGCUCUUGCUCAAACUGCCUAACACAAUCCACAGGUUAAUUCUCUCUCCUUUAAACUAAACCAACUCACUUGCUAACACCUGAGCAGCUUACUGACUCUGGCUGCUCUGAAGGGCAACCCAGCUUUAUUUGGGAGUGAACCCCAGAGCUGGUGACCAUGUAUGUCAGUAAUUCCUACCCUGAGCGUCAGCUUGGCUGCACACCAAGAGCAGGCAAGGGGAGGAACAGAGGCAGGGACUCGGUCCCUUCCCAGCCCGCCUCGCCUCUCUCACACGUGUAAUUACUUUGCUGCCACGCACAAUGUUUCACCACCCUUCCUUCUGCUCCCAGCAGCAGCACCUGGUGGAGGGCAGUGCUGGCAGUGCCCCAGUUCAGUACCCCAAUUUCCCAGGGCAGUACCCCAGUUCAGUACCCCAGUUCAGCACCCCAAUUUCCCAGGACAAUGCUGGCAGUACCCCAGUUCAGCACC